UUUAUAUACCAAAAAUAAUAAUAAUAAUAAUAAUAAUAACAAAAAAAGCCUUAUUUCUCCUCCUUUAUUAUUUCUCUCUUUCUUCUCUAGUACUAAAGAAGAGAAGAACUACACCUGCUUUUGCUCUGCUCUAUUCUGCUCUCUCUGUCUCUAAAUAUUUAUCUUUAAUUUCUCUCUUUUGCUCUUUUUUUUUUUUUUUUUCAUGGCACUCCUAACUUUUACACCAGAGCCCACCGACUCCAAGAAACCUACUCAAUCAAAACGAAAGAAGAGACCAAAGCAGCAACAGCAACAGCAGCAGCAGAAACCGCCGUCUUCAUGGGACCAAAUCAAGAACCUUCUCACUUGCAAACAGAUCGAAGGUUCUCGAGUUCACGACCCUUCCAAAAACAACACCACCACAGUUGGCUACUCCAAGCUCGGCUCUUCAUGUAGCUCUAUUUGUAGCUUUAGAGACGUUGUUCAUGGCAACACUAGGGUUGUUCACAGAGCCGACAACUCGCCCGAAAAUAGCACGGCAGGACAGGAAGCCGGUUUACUGAGUCGAAAGGGAGCGAACGGUUCCUCAACUCGGUCCACUACUUCUGGGUCGGCGAGAUCCAACGGUGGCGCUGGGUACACGUCAUCCUCUAGAGGAAUGCAAUUCAGGAAGCUCUCUGGUUGUUAUGAGUGUCAUAUGAUCGUUGACCCAAGCAGGUAUCCGAUUAUUCCAAGGAGUACUAUUUCUGCUUGUUCUCAAUGUGGAGAGGUUUUUCCUAAGAUUGAGAGUCUUGAGCUUCACCAGGCAGUUCGCCAUGCCGUAUCGGAGCUGGGUCCGGAAGAUUCGGGUCGGAAUAUAGUAGAGAUAAUAUUCAAAUCGAGCUGGCUGAAGAAAGACAACCCAAUUUUUCAGAUCGAACGGAUCUUAAAGGUCCACAACACGCAGAGAACGAUCCAACGGUUCGAGGACUGCCGUGACGCGGUCAAGACACGUGCGCUGAACAGCACACGAAAGAACCCGAGGUGUGCGGCCGAUGGGAAUGAGCUUCUGCGAUUCCACUGCACUACGCUCACGUGCUCAUUGGGGGCACGUGGAGCUUCCAACCUUUGCGGGCCAGUGCCUGGUUGCGGCGUGUGCACCAUCAUCCGGCACGGGUUCCAGGGCAAUAAGUCCGGUGGUAGUAAUCAUAAUAAUAAUAAUAAUAACAGCACAACUACAACUACUCAGACUCAGUGCAGCGAGUCGAGCAAAGGAGUGUUGACCACAGCAAGCAGUGGUAGGGCCCACGAUUCAUUGAGGUGUACGGAUGGGCGUAGAGCAAUGCUUGUGUGCCGUGUGAUUGCGGGAAGGGUGAAACGCUAUGCGGACGAUGCGCCGACAGAGGAGGAUAGCGUGUCUCUCGGCUCCUCUUACGAUUCCGUUGCCGGUUACGCUGGUGUGUACUCAAAUCUCGAGGAGUUGAUUGUUUUUAAUCCAAGGGCUAUCCUUCCUUGUUUCGUAGUCAUCUACAAAGCUCUCGAUUCCCCGUAAAACGUCGUCGUCCUCGUUUAUUUAUUAAUUAUAUAAAUAAAUUUUUAGUUCUCUUUUUUUUCUUUAUUUAUUUAAUUCGAAUAGUAGCUUCGCGACCCGUACCUCCUCCCACUGUACAUAAAUCUGCUUCCAUUCCAUGGAUGUGGUGUUCACUCUCUCUCUAUAUAAAAUGCUGUGACGUGACGACUGCGUUUUUUGACCGUUGGAUGAUGGAGGCCUUAAUUGUAAUCAACGGUCAAGGAACUGCAGUCGUGACAAUAUAAUUAGCAAUAUUGUCUGUCGUCUCUAUCUAUCUAUAUAUAUAUAUUGAUAUUAAUUAAUAAGAGUAGUUUAUUAAUUGCAGAAGUUAGCAUAUCUUUGUUGUAUGAUAUUGUUUAUUAAUGAAUUUCAGCUCAACUGCUUUUGCAA